UAUAGUUUUUAAAAUAAAGCCAAAAAGAACACCUGGGGAUGAGAGAAAAAACAUCUAAGGCCUUGAGGUUGCCUCCACUGCAAGGAAGAUAUAAAACAGACCCUGCGUUGCACCAGCACAGAGCAAACCCACACCGGGCAGCCAGGCCUCAGGGCUGCAUUCCCGCCACUGCGCAACCUGAGGCUGAGGUGGUGAGGGCAGCAUGGCGGCGGGGGGCAGUCGUGGGGACCCCUUGGCUGUAGAGCCACUGCCUGAGCCCCAGCCGGAGGUGUCCCCAGCUGAGGGGCACUGGGGGGACCAGGAGCAAAUGGCAGAGAUUCAAUUUAAAAUUCUAAGAGGGCACAGUGAUACUGUGAGUUCCUGCCAUUUUUGCUGUGAAGACUCAAAAAUACUUUCAUGCUCUUAUGACAGAACAGUGAAGCUCUGGGAUGUUGCCAAAGGAUUUCCUGUUCAAAUUUUUGAAGAACACACAGCCCCAGUUUCUGAAUGCAACUUGAGUCCUGAUGAUAGAAGGGUGGUAACAUCAUCCUAUGAUAACACUGUCAAGACUUGGGAUAUGGAAACAGGAAAAGUGCUUUGGACAAUAGAACAUGAAGGCAUCGUAACUUCAUGUAAUAUUUCCCAUGAUGGCAAAUAUGUGGUAUUUGCCUCAGAUAAAGGCAAUGCCAUAUCUGUUUUUGAUGCAGUAAGUGCAACAGAGGUGGCAUGUGUCCAAGGUCAUCACAGGAGUACAAUCACAAGAUGCUGUUUUGACCCUGAUAACCAGAGAGUGACUUCAGUAUCAUACGAUAAGACUAUAAAGCUGUGGGAUAUGGUAGCUCGAUCCACCUCAAUUACAAUUAAAGAGGGACACAGCAAUGCUAUUUCAGAUUGUUGCUUUACAUCUGAUGGUCGUUACUUGUGCACAGCAUCCUGGGACAAGAGCUUAAAAAUAUGGGAUGUAAAGACAGGAGAAUUUCGGAGUCGUGGACCUGUUACCUUGAACCAGGGACAUGAGGGUUCUGUUAGUUCCUGUUGCUUUAGCCAAGAUGCAUCACUUGUAGUGUCUGGUGGAUAUGACAACGCUGUAACCAUAUGGGAAACAUAUGCAGGAUAUAAGAAGUUAAGCUUAAAGGGCCACUGGGACUGGGUGACAGAUGUUGCAAUUAGUGAAAACAAGAAGUGGAUUCUUUCAGCCUCAAAGGAUUCUACUUUGAGACUGUGGAAUAUUGAAAGGAUGGAUCACAUACCUUCAGUGAUAGAAAGUAGAAAAGAAAAAGGCUCAAAAAUUGCUCAGUGUGAAGAAUGUGAAAGACCUUUCUUAAGCCUGCAGCAUGGUGGCUUUGAAGUGAUAUCCAAGUGUGUAUUCUGUCGUCUGUCUUCUCCAGCAAGAAAUAUUUUGCCAUUACCACCUUCCAUCCCUCCUGAUCUUUAAAUUCAUCUGACCGUUUUUGGAUGUUAACAUAUGUAAGUAUAAGUGGAAUGUCUGUACACCUUCAUGUACUGCACAUAUAAAGCUGAAUGUUUAAUCUUGUGCUGCUACAGUAUUCUAUAUCAAGAAUGAUAAAUUAUGCUGCUGAGCAGGGUCUCUUGUGACAGGACAAGGGCAAAUGGCUUCAAACUAAGAGAGGAGAGAUUUAG